CAGAAAAUGAACAAGUUCCAGGGACCAGUGACACUAAAGGAUGUUACUGUGGAAUUCACCAAGGAAGAAUGGAAAUUACUGACCCCUGCUCAGAGGACGCUGUACAAGGAUGUGAUGCUGGAAAACUAUAGUCACCUGGUCUCAGUGGGUUAUCGUGUGAAUAAGCCAAAUGGAGUUUUCAAGUUGAAGCAAGGAAAAAAGCCAUGGAUAUUAGAAGUAGAAUUUCCACGUCGGAGCUUCCCUGAAGACCUAUGGAAUAUUCAUGACGCAGGAGCAAGAAACCAGGAAAGCCAAGCUGGAAAUUCAAGGAAUGGAAAACUCACAAAACAUCAGAAAACUCAUACCGGAGAGAAAGCCUAUGAGUGUAAGGAAUGUGGAAAGUUCUUCUGCCAGAAGACUGCCCUCAUAGUACAUCAGCAUAGUCAUUCAAAGAACGAAUCCUAUGACUGUGACAAAUGUGGGAAAUCUUUCUCUAAAAAUGAAGAACUCACAACACAUCAGAAAAGUCAUACCAGAGAGAAAACCUAUGAGUGUAAAGAAUGUAAGAAAAUUUUCUACCACCUGUCAUCUCUUAGUAGACAUCUGAGAACCCAUGCAGGGGAGAAACCCUAUGGAUGCGAUCAGUGUGAGAAAUCCUUCUACCAGAAGCCUCAUCUCGUUGAACAUCAGAAAACACACACAGGGGAGAAACCUUUUGAAUGCACUGAAUGUGGGAAGUUCUUCUAUGUGAAGGCGUACCUCAUGGUACACCAGAAAACACACACAGGGGAGAAACCCUUUGAGUGUAAGGAAUGUGGGAAAGCCUUUUCCCAGAAGUCCCACCUCACAGUACAUCAGAGAACACACACAGGGGAGAAACCCUAUAAGUGUAAGGAAUGUGGGAAAUUGUUUUCUAGGAAUUCACAUCUCAAAACCCAUCAGAGAACUCACACAGGAGAGAAACCCUACGAAUGUAAGGAAUGUGGAAAAUGCUUCUACCAGAAGUCAGCCCUCACAGUACAUCAGCGAACUCACACAGGGGAGAAACCCUUCGAAUGUAAUAAAUGUGGGAAAAACUUUUACUAUAAAUCAGACCUCACUAAACAUCAGAGAAAACACACAGGGGAGAAGCCCUAUGAGUGUACAGAAUGUGGUAAAUCUUUCUCUGUGAAUUCAGUCCUCAGAUUACAUCAAAGGACCCACACAGGAGAGAAACCCUAUGAAUGCAAGGAAUGUGGGAAAUCCUUUUCUCAGAAGUCACAUUUUAUCAUACAUCAGAGAAAACACACAGGGGAGAAACCCUACGAGUGUCAGGAGUGUGGGGAAACCUUUAUCCAGAAGUCGCAACUCACUGCACAUCAGAAGACACACGCAAAGAAGGGCAAAGCUGACAAGUAG